AUGACCUCCCUACUCGUACCGCUCCGCCUCUCACCUCUGCCACUUGCAUCCAAGACUCGCUCUUUCUCCACAUCCUUCCGCCGUCUCGCUCAGGAACCCUCCCCGGUCGACGCCCAAGCAGCGAGAGCCACAAAAGUCUCGGCCAACUACAGCAACCCGCAGAUCCGCAAGCACCGCAGAGGCCCUUACGCAGACUCGCCCUUGCCCGUCCUCCCUCUGCUCGCCAUCUUCUUCACCGGCUCCUUCCUCUUCUACAAGAUCGCAAAGUCAAGAGAAGGCCAAGGCAAAUCCCACUACGUCUUGCCCCCUAGAGACAAGAAGCCCCCACCCGCCAAAGACUUCAACUCCAACAUCCACUCCGAACACUAA